UCCCUGGAGAGAAAAAAAAAAAAAGAAACCCACAGAGGAGGGAGACUGGGAUUAAUGGAACAUCUAGACUAACAUGAGGAGGAAAAGGAGCUGAGGGAAAUGAAGAGCGGGAUCCGGUGUCUGGACAUUUAGCUUUCGGGGACAGGUUGAGGGUUAAAACGAUCAGUCUAAGUGUGAGUGUGAGUCUUGCGGUGAAGAUGCUCGUCCGUGGGUGGCUUCUUUGCGUGUUCUGCUUCCACACCUGUGCCGGGAUCUCACAGCAGUGUAAGUUCCACCACAGCGUAUGUCUAAUGGAACCAGAACUGCUGGACAGGAGCUUCAAGAACCCGCUCAAAGAGCAUAUUCGUCACGGCAUGGGGCAACCGGACACACCUCACAGAAACAAGCCACACCGAAGAAAAGGUAGCAGAGUCCGGACGGAGGAGACAGAACCACGUAUAGUCCACCACCCCUCUGAUGUGGUGGUGAAGGCGGGCAGCCCUGCCACUCUGUCCUGCCGCGUGGACGGCAGCCCCAAGCCGACCAUCGAGUGGCUGCGCAACGGUCAGCCCCUGGGGACGGACAAGGGAGACGGCCGGGCGGUCCCCAUGGUUCUGUCCGAGGGGAGCCUGUUCUUUCUAAAUGUGGGAGGGGGCAGGCGUGGCCAGACCCACGAGGGCGUCUACGCCUGCGUCGCCACGAACAGCGCCGGCAAGGCAACCAGCCGCAAUGCCUCGCUGUAUAUUGCAGUUCUGAAGGAGGAGUUCAGCGUCCAGCCCGGCGACGCCGAGGUGGCAGAGGGCGAGGUGGCUGUUUUAUACUGCGGUCCGCCGAUGGGACAUCCAGAACCCAACGUCAUCUGGAAGAAGGACGGCGUCCCCAUCAGCAACACGGACCACCACUACACCAAGCUGAGUGGGAAGCUGAUCAUCGCGCCUGCAGAGAAGAGCCACUCUGGCUCCUACGUGUGUGUGGCCCGGAACAUCAUGGGAGAGAGGCAGAGCAGGGCGGCUCGGAUCUCUGUGCUGGGUAAGCCUGUGUUGGUGCUGAAGCCAGAGAACGUUUCGGUAAGAACGGGAGAGUCGGCCCACUUCUACUGCCAGGCUAGAGGGGACCCUCCUCCUACUGUGGCCUGGAGCCGAGAGCAGGGGCCGCUUCCCAACGGCAGGUAUCUCAUAAACCCGGACCAGACUCUGCAGCUCCAUUAUGUGACGGUGCAGGAUGCUGGGAGCUACACCUGCACAGCUGCGAAUCACGUCGGAGUCGUCGCUGCAGUUGCACAACUUCAAGUUGAAGAGGCUCCCAGCACUGAGCAGAAAGACUUCCACAGAGAGCUGUCAGCCUUACGAGUGACCCUGGAGAAUGUCACCAUCAUCGCCUCGGAGUCCAACGUUUCCCUCGUGCAGUGGAAGCUUCAGUCCCUUCCAGCUCAGCCGCACUACCUCAACGGCUUUGAGGUUCUCUAUCGCCCCCUGCUGCCUGUCAGCUCAGACUGGGCAGCGCUGAGGGUCUCGCUGCCGGGCUUCCAGGCUCAGGUCGGCCCCCUUAAGAGGGGCUACAAGUACGAGUUCAAGGUUCGUCCCUACGGGAGCAGCCUGUACGGAAGGGAGAGCAACACCCGGCAUCUCCGAGUCCCUGAGAGAGCGCCCAGCGCGCCCCCUCUGGCCGUGUCCAUCACGGUGGACCACGAGCAGAACAACACCGUCCACCUGAGCUGGGAGCCUCCUCCUCCCGACAGCCACAAUGGUGUCAUCCAGGGCUACCAGGUUUGGUGCAUGGAGUCUGACGAGCAGCAGUACCAGAACUGGACAGUGGACAGCGGCCAACACAGCCUGGAUGUCUCCACACUGGAACCAGGGAAGCAGUACUGGGUAACCAUGGCAGCGGUGAACGGUGCUGGAGUGGGGACGCUCAGUGAUCCUCAUGGAUUUGUCACCAAACCACAGCUAGGGGACGCCACAGAGCCAGACACCCACAAACAGGAUGCGUCUCCUGUGCUGGCCCUCCUCCAGGACCCAGUUCUGAUCGGCAGCGUUGGCGCCCUCUUGUGGUGUCUUCUGAUGAUUGCAGUUGUUUUCCUGUUCAGACGCCACAGCAGCGCGGGUCAACUGUCACCUCACCACAGCAAGGCUAAAGAUCUGCGCAGAUUGGCCAGUGAAGAUCUCAUCAUCAAACACAGGUGAAAGUUAAACAGCAUUAUGUAGAUUACACGUGUAAUAAGAGAUGAGCAAAAAUCUGCUUUCUACUUGGACUUUUAACAAAAUAUGUUUAAAAUAAAACAUUUUAUAUAAAUCAGGCAAAACCUUAAAACCACAGUUUGCUUUAUGGACUUUUAUGAGUCAAAUUUCUACAUUUCUUCCAUUUUACACUUACAUUAAAUAAAAUAUGAAGCCUUGUAGAAUUUGCAGUUUGUAUUGAUGGUUCAGGUUCAGGUGGGUACUGUGAUGCUGCAUAUGCAUAAACCUGAAAUGGCGCUUGUAGCUGAACGGUUCUCAUAAGAAAAAAAAAACAAAAAAACAUCUCCAACUUAAUAACAUUUUCGUGAAGGAUCCAUAUCCUUAAGAGUUGCAAUUUCCUGUGAAUAAAAGUUGUAAUUUUUAAACUCUUUAGUAACCAUUUAAGAUGCUGAUUCAGCUGCAGGAUCCACAAUAAACAUCAACCGAACAUCAUGUGACACGGCAGAAGCACUUCACUGCCAGAGGUUGGAAAUAAAUGCAGGAGCAGAUGAGGUUUAGAUGAGAAAUCGUUUUUGCUAUAACGAGAUUUAUAUCUCACUAAAACCAAAAUGUCUUUUAAAUAAGAAAGGUUGAGUCAGUAAAACAGCGACUUCAGAGGAGCGUGUUUUUAUAUUGUGCUGAAACAGAAAACUUUCAUAGUGCCUGUUGUAUGUAUUUUAGUAAUAACUCAUUAUUAUUUGUG